UACCUCUUUUAGUUGUGAAGAUAUAAUCAUUCAUUCUGGGCAUGUCAUUUUCGAGCCUGAGGCCUGAAAAAUAGGCCCAGGGCUUAACAGGUUAAACUGUGGAACAUGAUGGCUGCUCUCAGAACAUCUUUUAUAAUUUUCAAAAGUUCUGAUUGUAUAACAGGGUGUCUUUAGGCGUUCACACUAAAAAAAACCCGAACUAAAAUUAGUUAGUUGCGACAAAGUUUAGAACAAAGAUGGUCAUUGUAAAACUGAGAGACCUGAAUACUUCCCAUCUUAUAAGAACAAAGAAAAUGCAUGGGAGAAAAUAGAAUCACGGGCUGAGAAUAUGGGUCUAGUUUGACUUCAAAGACAAGUGAAGGGCAAAGACCUCUUUGCUUGUGAGGCUAACCACCAUCAGUCGUGCUUUAAAUCUUUACGCACAGCAUUAGCCAACUACGAGCGUAGCAGUAUUCUUAAAGCAGGAGCUAAGGAUACUAACCAAGCUUUCAUGUCAGCCUCCCAUGAAAAGGCAUUUGUUUCAAUACUGGAACACAUUGGAACUCAUGUAGUCCAGCAAAUUGAGGUCCUACAGCUAUCUUCCUUGCGCUUGCUGUAUGUGGAAGAGCUGAAAUUGAAUGGGUACGAGAACACAAAUUAUGGCUCAGAGAAACUCCUGAAACGGCUACAGAAAGAUCCAAUCUAGGAGCAUAUCCAGUUUACGAGAGUUGACCACGACAAUGCUGAUGCCAUUUCUUUCUGGCUGGUGUACAGCUUGAAAAUCACGGUAUCGAAUGCCGUUGCACGAGCUUACACUCUCGGAACCACAGACAAGUACAAAAACGUUGCUCUCCUACUCCGCCAGAAUAUUCUGCAGGCUUUCAGAGAGUCCAAAGACCUAAAGUGGCCGCCAACAGCUGACAACAUGGAGCUCACUCCUGAAAACCUCCUACCCAUAGACCUCGUCCGGUUUCUCAGCAUGGUUAUGGCUGGCAAGGAAGACAUGGAGACGAAUGAAAAGAUGAAGCGCCUGGUAUUCUCCAUUGGGCAAGAACUGUGCCGUGCAGUGUCAGAGGGAGAAUGGAAGUUACCAAAACACAUUAUACUCUGUGUGACUGUCAGGCACUUGUUCAGAAGCAAGCAGCUCACCACAAUAUUACACAGGCUUGGCCACUCUGAGAGCUAUGGAUUUGGUUUGGAGUUGGAAACUGCCCUGGCAAAGGUCCUGGACAAAGUCUCAUCCUAUCGGACACCCGCAAUUGUGAUAGGAGAGGGAAACAUGGUAUUCCACUGUGAGUGGGACAAUUUGAAUAAAACCACGCCCAGUGUGCACGGCAGCAACAUUGUCAACAGUGCUGGGGGAAUCAUGGUCCAGGUGGUCAAGCCUGGGUUUGAGAGCAACAAGGUCCAAAUGCUACCCGUCAUCGACAAGUCGCAACAGCGUAGCCUGAAAGUCAACACACCAGAAACACUCCCACCCUUGCACUUCACUCGCGCCGACCCAAAGUUUAAUGAUGGCUCAUCAUUCACACCGCCAGCAGAGAAUGACACAGUCUAUGCAACUGAGAUGCAAGUGUACUAAAUCUGGCUCUUUAUCAGGUACAUCGGAAGCAAUGGAAAGCAGCCUGUGCCUGGACUUGGAGGCUUCACCUCUGCAACUGGUACUCCUCCACUCAUAAAAUCAACAGUGGACUACUUCACGCCCAUCCAUCAACCAAUCACUGACAAUACAGUUGUUUGUGAGCUACUGAAGCGUUCUGAGCUAUACACUGAUCAGGUGGAUCAGAGGUGGGUCCUGAAUACAUUUGAUUUUGGUGUCUGUAUGAAAGCCCUACCCAUCAUCUGGUGUUGGCCAGAUACAUUUGUCCGUCAUGUGGUUAUGAUUGGACCCUUUCUUUACAUUCUGGCGGACACCACCCCAAAGGAUCUGCCAUACCCUAAGGAUGCCCUGUUCAUUCAGGAUGGCAUGGCUCUGCUCCAUGUCCUCACCAACCUUCCUCCAACCUGUGGGGAGAUAUGCCUACAAGUGCUUGAUCAGAUGGUGGCCAAAAAGCACUUUUUGUUCUCGACUGACAGUUACCAUCCAGGAUCUAUCAAAGCACAGGAGAGCUUGAGACGUGGCAGUUCAGAGAAGAUCAUUUUGGCUGGACCAGCAACCAGGAAGCCAUAUGACUUCAAGAUGUUUCUCACAAAUGAUGACAAGAAAAAGCAACUCUGCCAGCUCCUGCUGCGUGUAUGGAGUGAUCAACAGGCAGCUUCAAGGCUGGAAAGAACAGAAAUGGCAGUGCUGGUCGUGGAAGGGAGAGCCCAUCAACUUCUCUCCUCAAAUGGCAAGGUUGAGGUAAGUGAGCUCCCCACAAUCUACAGCAACCAGGAAGAGACUGAUACAAGGGUGGUACUCUACCUUCAUCAUGCUGCUGCCCUUGGGUACAAGAAUGCUGUGGUCAGAACACCUGACUCAGAUAUCUUUGUGAUUCUUCUUUACCACGCUCAUGCCAUCAGGCUGACUAUAUACCUGGAUACGGGGUCAGGGAAACAUAGACAACUUCUCAACCUCUCUGAGCUUGCAGAAUCCCUGGGAGAAGACUACUGUGCCACACUUCUUGGAUUCCAUGUGUUCAGCGGAGAAGACUGCACCAGUGCCUUCAAAGGGAAGGGGAAGGUGGGGCCCUUGAAAAAGCAGGAGAAGAACCCGAAGUUUCACAGGGCGUUCAGUCAACUCGGUGACAACUGGAAUGUCAAGCCUGAGGUGCUGAAGCAGUUGGAGCAAUUCACCUGUCCUUUAUAUGGAGAGAGUCGUGAGUCUUCAGUGGACGUAGUCCGUGCCAAGUUGCUGCGCAAAAUGGUGGGGCAGGACGAUAAACUCACUGCCAAGUCUAAGGUUGACCUGGCUCGCCUUCCUCCAUGCUAUGAUGCUCUGAAGCCGCACGUCCAACGUGUGAACCAUCGCGUCGCCCUGUACAUGCGAGCUGAUGAAUCAAUUUUAGAAAAACCAAUCCUCUAUGAUGAGGAGCAGGGAUGGAUGAGGACUGAUGGAGUGUUGAGACCGGUAUGGUCCUGUGGUCCUGUCCUGCCAACCUCCCUGGUUGAUCUCCUGGACACGACAGAGCGUGAACAGGAAGAUGAGGAGGAAGAGGAAGAGGAAUUUGACUCUGAUGAUAGCAUUGAAAAUGAUGAUUGAGUAUUAAUCAGAUAGUGGAGAGCCAAACCUUGACUGCUUAUCUGGAAUGGGAAAGAGUAGUCACAUCAAUACUUAUAUUAUGAUGUUUGACCCUUGCUGUAGGCUAGUACAAAACAAAUACAUAUUGGUUAAAUACACAACAUCUGUCUAGACACCUUAUGUGUUCACUUACUGUACUGCAAUAUUGGCAUCUCUUAAUUUGCAUAGCAUGUCACAGAUACAUGUGAUCACGUUGGGAAUAGUUUUAUUGUGAUCUUUGACCAUCAA